AGGCAGCCCGAGAUUAUCAUCGGCCAUUGCUACUGGCAACGAAGCUCAGCGCCGCCUCCGCCUAUAAAGGCGUCUCUCUUACAGUGCGGCAUGCUUUGGCUAACCUGACUGUUGAGUCUGCAGAGGAAUCGCAUCUCCAGUUUCUUCUCAAUUCUCAUGCGCCGCGCUCCUCUACCCAAUCUUACCUGAAUCUUUCUGAAGACGAGACCUGAAUUGGGAGAGACGUCUUCCGCUUCGCACGGAUCGCCGGGAUCAGUACUGCUGAAAAUAUCAAGGGAUGCAGCAAAAUGUGGUUGCAUGAUAGAGUUCCUUCCUUGGGAGUUGGCAGGAUACCCAAACAUAAUUGUACUUUGCUUGAUCUUGAUGACACUGGAGUACAAAUAUAUGCACAACAAUUUCCUCAUGAGCACACUCAUAAUGGGGCUACGAGUGGAAGCUCAACCAUCAUCUCAGGUUACUUUCUAGGUGGAGAAGGCUGAAAUUGUUGGUCACUUAUAAUUACAAGCAUCCUCUACAUCAUUAUUGCUUAUCACCAACUUAUCAAGUUUCAAAAUCAUUGCUUUUAUUGUGGAUAUAACACACCGAGAAGAUGUCUGAGAAAGAGAAUAUUCUAAUGCAUAGAUAUGAGAUGGGAAAGUUACUUGGAAUAGGGAGUUUUGCCAAAGUUUAUCAUGCUCGCAAUGUUAAGACUUCACAAAGUGUUGCUAUCAAGGUGAUUGACAAAGAUAAGAUCUUGAAAUGUGGUCUUAUGGAUCAAAUAACUCGAGAGAUUUCAGUGAUGAAGUUGGUAAAGCAUCCAAACAUUGUCCAAUUGUAUGAGGUGAUGGCUACCAAAACAAAGAUAUAUUUUGUGAUAGAGUAUGUCAAGGGAGGAGAGUUAUUCAACAAGGUUCAACGUGGAAGGUUUAAAGAAGAUGUAGCCCGUGCAUAUUUCCAACAAUUGAUUAGUGCUGUUGACUUUUGCCACAGUAGACAAGUUUAUCAUCGUGAUCUAAAACCCGAAAAUCUUCUUCUUGAUGGAAGUCACAACUUAAAGAUCUCAGACUUUGGUUUGAGUGCACUUCCGGACUGCAAGAGAAAAGACGGGUUACUCCACACUGUAUGUGGGACUCCUGCAUAUGUUGCUCCAGAAAUAAUUAGUAGGAAAGGUUAUGAUGGUGCAAAAGCUGACAUAUGGGCUUGUGGAGUGAUCCUCUAUGUGUUGUUGGCAGGCUAUCUUCCUUUUCAAGACAAGAACUUGAUGGACAUGUAUAAGAAAAUUUGCAAAGCAGAACUGAAAUGGCCAAGUUGGUUUUCUUCAAAUGUCCGAAAGCUUUUGCGGCGUAUCCUUCAUCCAAACCCUAAUAGAAGAAUCUCUAUUGAAGAAAUAAUGAAGCAUCCUUGGUUUAAAAUCGGUCUUGAUGCAAGAAUGUUUGAUUCUACUAUAAAUACAAAAAGAGAUGAUGUGCCUAUUGAAAUGGGUUUGACUUUGGAUUCUUUAAAAAGCAAUAUAGUUGAGUGCAAUUCAGCAACAGAGAAAGUUACUAAUUUGAAUGCUUUUGAUAUCAUCUCUCUUUCCAAUGGGUUUGACCUCUCAGGUAUUUUUGAGAAUAACUCAAACAAGGAGGAGUCUAAAUUUACAUCUACCAACACAACUUUGACAAUUGUCACGAAGCUCAUGGAAGUUGCAAAGAAUUUAGGACUGAGGGUUAUAAAGAAAAAUGGUGGAUUGUUGAAGAUGGAAGUUUCCCAACCAAGAAUAAAAGGUGUGAUGUCCAUAAAUGUUGAGAUAUUUCGAAUCACACCAAAUUUUCAUCUAGUGGAGAUUAAGAGAAUCAAUGGUGAUAGCCUUGAGUAUCAAAAUUUUAUGAACCAAGGUAUGAGACCAGCACUAAAAGACAUUGUAUGGGCUUGGUUAGGUGAAUAGUCUGAUGAGAAGUAGAACCUUUGAUAUCGUGACAAGUGUAAUGCCCGUACCAAUUAUCAAAUGUAAUUUUUAUUAUUGUACUUUGUGUUUUAUUCUCGUGUUCAUGCAAUGAAAUUUUCUUUUUAUUGACCA